AUGGCGGCGGAAAGAGAGCCCCCGCCGCUGGGGGAUACGCGGCCCACCGACUUUGAAGAGCUAGAAGACGGCGAGGACCUCUUUACCAGCACUGUGUCUACCCUGGAGUCAAGUCCUUCAUCUCCAGAGCCAGCAAGUCUUCCUGCAGAAGACCUCAGCACAAACUCCAGUGGUCCAAAGCCAGCAGAAAUCAUGCUAGAUGAUGACAGAGAAGACCUCUUUGCUGAAGCAACAGAAGAAGUUUCACUGGACAGUCCAGAGAGGAAUCCAAUACUGUCGCCAGAACCUACUCCUGCAAUCACUCCUGUAACACCUACUACAUUAGUAGCUCCCAGAAUGGAAUCAAAAAGCGUAACAACCCCUGUGAUUUUUGACAGGUCCAGAGAGGAGGUUGAAGAAGAAGCAAAUGGAGAUUUAUUUGAUAUAGAAAUCAAUGUAUCAGACCCAGAGAAAGUUGGUGAUGGCAUGAAUGCUUAUAUGGCAUACAGAGUAACUACAAAGACAUCACUUUCCAUGUUCCACAAAAACGAAUUCUCUGUUAAAAGAAGAUUCAGUGAUUUUCUUGGCUUGCACAGCAAACUGGCAACAAAGUACAUGCAUAUUGGUUACAUUGUGCCUCCAGCUCCAGAAAAAAGUAUUGUAGGCAUGACCAAGGUUAAAGUGGGCAAGGAAGAUUCUUCAUCGACUGAAUUUGUAGAGAAAAGAAGAGCAGCUCUAGAAAGGUAUCUACAAAGAACAGUAAAACAUCCAACCUUGUUACAGGACCCAGAUUUAAGACAGUUCUUGGAAAGUUCUGAGCUGCCGAGAGCGGUUAACACCCAGGCUCUGAGUGGAGCAGGAAUAUUGAGGAUGGUGAACAAGGCUGCCGACGCUGUCAACAAAAUGACAAUCAAGAUGAAUGAAUCGGAUGCAUGGUUUGAAGAAAAACAACAGCAAUUCGAGAAUCUAGAUCAGCAACUUAGGAAACUUCAUGCCAGUGUCGAAGCAUUAGUAUGCCACAGAAAAGAGCUUUCAGCCAACACAGCUGCCUUUGCUAAAAGUGCUGCCAUGUUAGGUAAUUCUGAGGACCACACUGCUCUGUCUAGAGCCUUAUCUCAACUUGCAGAGGUUGAGGAGAAGAUAGAUCAGUUGCAUCAAGAGCAAGCUUUUGCCGAUUUCUACGUGUUCUCAGAACUCCUUGGUGAUUACAUUCGUCUCAUUGCUGCAGUAAAAGGUGUGUUUGAUCAUCGAAUGAAAUGCUGGCAGAAGUGGCAAGAUGCUCAAGUCACUUUACAAAAAAAACGUGAAGCUGAAGCAAAGCUCCAACUUGCCAACAAACCUGAUAAACUGCAGCAAGCUAAAGAUGAGAUAAAAGAGUGGGAAACAAAAGUUCAGCAAGGGGAAAAAGAUUUUGAACAGAUCUCCAAAACCAUUCGCAAGGAAGUUGGAAGAUUUGAGAAGGAACGUGUGAAAGACUUUAAAACUGUUAUUAUCGAGUACUUAGAGUCGUUAGUGCAAACACAGCAGCAGCUAAUAAAAUAUUGGGAGGCAUUCCUACCUGAAGCCAAAGCCAUUGCCUAAAAGAAGAAUAUUCCAAACGACAAGACACUCUGGAUGUUUGUCCUGGAUAAAACUAAAUUCCACAGUGAAAUCACUUCAAAUCAUCCAAAUAAACCACUAUAUAUUUUAUGAAUUAACAUGUGGCUUUUUUAUAUAUGACAGCAUUUUAUUAACAAGCUGCAUGUCCUGACCCUCUAUGAAGUGGACUGUGGCACGAUGUUCUGCAAUACAUUGCUGAAUUGAACACUGUUGUGUCUUAAUACUUGCACUAAAAUGUGCACUGCAAGGCCAGAAAGCUGAUAUUUUUGUUCUCUACAAUACAGUGUUCUGUAGUAUGUUUACCUGAUCUUUAUGAAACAAAUUUAAUCACUGAUUAAUGUUCACUUCAACAUUCCUGUACAAAAUCAUGUUUUUGUGAUUACAAUAAUAAAGGGGAUGCACUUGUGA